AUGCUUGCGAAAUCUCUCUUCACACUCGCCGCGGCAGCAGCAGGCCUGUUGCCCUCGGCAGCGGCAGAGCUCCACACACGAAAUGAGAGCUUCCCCGUAAACUACGGAGUCAUCGCCAUGCCCGGUGCCAGCAUGCUGGACAUCUACGGCCCCCUCGAGGUCCUCUACUUCGUUGCCGGCAACGCCCACAUCAGCGUCAAGAUAAUCACCCCGGACGGCAAGAACGUGCCCGUCGCGCCGCCAAUGGGCAACAAGUACAACUCGACGUUCACGCCCGAGUUCGUCGGCGCCGCGAGCUUCGAGGACGACCUCGACCUGGACGUGCUCAUCGUGCCGGGGGGCGCCGCGGCGAGGGACACUUCGCUCACCUACGUGGACGACUACAUCGCCAAGGUGUACCCCAAGCUGGAUUAUUUGAUUACCAUCUGCACGGGCGCCAUCUUCCCCGCCCGCGCGGGCAUCUUCGACGGCAGGCGGGUGACUACCAACAAAAAUGCCUGGUCGCUCGUCACCGCUCACGGGAACAAUGUGACAUGGGUGGCGCCGGCUCGAUAUGUCAUCGAGGAUAACAUCUGGUCCUCCUCGGGUGAAACCGCCGGCAUUGACCUGAUGAUGGCCUGGGUGAAGAAGUGGCACGGCGAGAAGCUCUACAACACCAUCCGUAUCGGUGCAGAGAUCAUCGUGCGCGAGGCCGACGAUGACCCGUUCACCGAUGAGCUGGGCCUCCCUCACCAGGGUCAGUUAUAA